AAUCAGCUGGGUCGCUGGGUUGCGCUGGGUGCUCUUCGCCGAAGCGAGCGUCUACCACGAGUCGGCUAUGCGCGCGUUUUUGUCGGUAAACAAUACGUGACCUAUGACAACGCGAACGUAGGAAACUGCAGGUGUAGUGCUACUUGACAAAGCCUUUUACAGGACUUGUUUGAAUCACCGGACGUGCUGUCGUGAGGCAACAGCAAGGCCGACAAGAUGCAUUACUGCCCUCCAAAUGUGACCCUGGGCCACAUGUGGACCCGAGAGGGUCUCUCCCAGUGUUUCCUUGACACAGUGGGGCCACCUGUUCUGCUCUUCACCAUACUGGUAGGCGGGGGCAUCCAGUGGGCUGUGUACCACAAGUAUGCCACACGCCUCGACACCAGACUACUUCAUCGCAGAGGCUGCUACAAGUUCCAUACAUCGCUCAUGAUGGCAAUGGCUACAUCGUGCCUGAUACGGCUGGCUGUUGUGUCGGGCAUUGGAGGCGCCCCUCUCGAGGGCCACCAGCUGGUCUGGGCCCUGUGCAUGGCACCCGCCUGGCUGCUGUCGGUGCUGCUGACACGUCUGGAGCGCCACUGGGCCCUGCCCAGCACGCCCACGCACGGGCAUGGCCUGCCGCUGCUGAUCUUCUGGGCUAUGGGUGUCAUCCAUGAGGCCAUGGCAUUUCUCGGACUGUACCACCCUUCCUGGUGGUUCCAGGUCCACUCGCGCAAGGACAUAGCCGACAUGGUCUUCUUUGCGGCCCGUUUCAUCCUCUCCGUGCUGGUGUUUGGCAUUGGCCUCAAGGGUCCCUCGGUGCCAAGUGUCCAAGACUACUUCCUUUACUCGAGGGGUCACAUUCAGGAGACACAGCCACUUCUGGACGAAGAAAAUGGCAGCGGCAGUCCAUUCCGGGGCUUCAAGAACAAAGUGCGUUUGCUGCUGCCUUUCCUGUGGCCCAAGCGCAACUGUCGCCUGCAGCUCGUGGUGGUGGUGUGUGUUGCGCUGCUUGUGUCGGGCCGCGUCGUCAACCUCUUCAUACCCAUGCUCAACCGACUAGUUGUGAACAGCCUGGCAGCACAAGGCACAAUCAUCUUCCCAUGGCAGGACAUCCUGCUCUACGUGUUCUUGUGGUGUCUACAAGGGCAGGGUAACAGUAGCAUCCUGUCAAAUGUGCGCUCCUAUCUGUGGAUCUCGGUGCAGCAGUACACGGUGAAGGAGAUUGAAGUUGAACUCUACUCCCAUCUACAUCAUCUGUCAAUGAACUGGCACCUGGGCCGCAAAACUGGCGAGGUGCUCAAAAUCCUUGACCGAGGAACGAGCAGCGUCACGUCCCUCCUCAGCUAUUUGCUGUUCAACAUCUUCCCAGCUGUGGCUGACAUUGUGGUCGCUGUCAUCUACUUCACUGUUUCUUUCAACGCCUGGUUUGGCCUGAUUGUCUUCGUCACCAUGGCCUUGUAUCUAGCGGCGACCAUUGGCAUUACUGAGUGGAGAACCAAGUUUCGGCGGGAGAUGAAUCAGCUCGACAAUGCAGCCCAGGCCAGAGGAGUUGACGCACUUCUCAAUUUUGAAACGGUGAAAUACUACAAUGCUGAAGAGUAUGAAGUAUGUGGCUACAAAGAAUGCAUUGAAAAGUAUCAGGUUGCGGAGUGGCGCAGCAAUGCGUCCCUGAAUCUCCUCAACUCAUGCCAGACGGUUGUCAUUGCGGUCGGCGUAGCAGGGGGUGCGCUGCUGUGCGCGCACAUGGUUGCAGGACACGAGUCAGGCCUCAAGGUGGGCGACUAUGUGCUCUUCCUCACCUACAUCAUGCAGCUGUACACACCGCUCAAUUUCCUCGGCACCUACUACAGAAUGAUUCAGCGUUCCUUUAUUGACAUGGAGAACAUGUUUGAGCUUCUUGACACUAAGCCAGAAGUAAUAGAUGCUGUGAAUGCACCAAAUUUGAAGCUGAAAGAGGGCGAGAUUCAGUUCACUAACGUCUACUUUUCGUACACCCCAGAGCGGCCAAUACUUAAGAAUGUCAGCUUUGUGGUUCCAGCAGGCCGUACUGUUGCCCUAGUGGGCCCGUCGGGAGCGGGUAAGAGCACCAUAGUUCGGCUGCUGUUUCGGCUGUACGACAUCCAGAGCGGUAGCAUCACCAUUGACAACCAGGACAUUAGCAGGGUGAAGCAGAAGUCCUUGCGCCAGGUGAUAGGUGUUGUUCCUCAGGAUACUGUACUGUUCAACAAUGACAUCAGGUACAACAUCAGGUACGGGAGAGUCGAUGCCACUGACGAGGAGGUAGAAGAUGCCGCUCGUGCCGCCGAGCUUCACGAGCAGAUCCUGGGCUUCCCUAAAGGCUACGACACGGUUGUCGGCGAGAGGGGGCUGAAGCUGUCAGGUGGAGAGAAGCAGCGUGUGGCCAUUGCCAGGUCCAUCCUCAAGGGGCCAGCCAUUAUGCUGCUGGAUGAGGCCACGUCAGCGCUGGACACACGCACCGAGCGCAACAUUCAGGCAUCUCUAGACCUCGUCUGCAGAAACAGGACGACACUCAUUGUGGCCCACAGGCUGUCAACUGUGGUUCACGCUGAUCAAAUUCUUGUGAUCCAGGAUGGGGAGAUUGUCGAAAGUGGCCAUCAUGACGAGCUUCUUGAGUACGGCGGUAUAUAUGCCUCCAUGUGGCAGCAGCAGCAGCAAGGCACUGCGAACACUGGGCCUUCGGAAGCAUCUGAUGAGGGCUUCCCUGAACCAUAGUUGCCUCUCCUUUGGGACUUUGCCAGCCAAUCUCCUGGCUCGCCCAACGAAGUCUCUUGUGUUCCCCUACUUUAUUUGUUGACCCCUAGGGUUGGGACCCAUUGUGACUAUGUUCUUGCAUUGGGCCUACAGUGCCGGCUGUAAGCCUUUGAGCACAGGUUUAUCUUCUGUGCUGAAGGGUUUCAAUUCCGAAUAUAACAUUCAUAUAUCUGCGCCAUCUGCUCCAGAAGGGCAUAUGCCGUUUGUUUCUUUUUCUUUUAUACUAGUAGCUCUUUUGUACACUUGUUUCAUAAGUAGAUCUAAUGUCCAUGUGAAAUCGUUGUGUGCAGUCAGUCAGACAAUGCUGCAGCCAUUAUCACUACAAUAGAAUAUUAGUUGAUGUUGAGGUUAUUGUGAGGGAGUAACCGAAGGCCAAAGGACCGCUCCUGUAUCUCUCGCUGAGCUGUGCUGCACUCACAAGUGAUCAUGCUUGUCUUUUAGUAUUCAAAGCUAUAAAUUUCCCUCCACUCUUUUCCUUCUUUACUAAAAUUCCAGGAGGAGGUAUUUAUUUAUUGCAUGCAUAAUGGUCAUUACACUUUAACCUAUUAUUGUUUUGUGAGAUGCUUAUCUUUGUCGACACCAGUUAAUUCAGAUUAGCAAAUAGCCAAAUCCUGUUUUUAUGCUUCUUGUGUUAGUAUUUCUCUAUGCGAAUCAUGUGUAGAAUGAAUGUGCAGACUUUGUGGGAGAACUGAUUAACUACAAUUUCCCAGCAUAAACAAUCUAUUGCAAGUUUGUGCACCAUAUGUUGCACUUACUACUUGUUCAGCGCCGAUGUUCUUGGAGAGGGGCUCAUGUCGGCACCAUAGACAGUACUGUGCUAUCUUUGUACAUUUCACUGAGCCCUUCUGGUGCGAAAUGGACAGAGUGUUACCGUCUGUUAUGACUUCGUGUACAUACAUAUUUUUUUCCAAUGUUGGAAAACGGAUGGAAAUUUCGGCUGCCUGUGCAUGUCGAGAGAGCAAGUGAAAAAAAAAAGGAAUCUUGCUAGCUACAUUAUCUUCGCAUGCCUUUCUAUGUCUGUUCAGCAUAUCAGUUUCUUUUGCCAGUGUUUCAUAUCCAUGUCUGGCUUGUUUUCAAGCCACACGGAAUGUUUGCAAGACAAAAAAAAUUCAUCAUGUGGUUAGAUGGCCUAGUAGUCCAGACUUUUGUGUGAAAUUGAUAGUAUGAUGUACUGCAUACAACACUGAGCCCUGAGCAGUUGCUCUGAACGCAUACGUGAUCACUUGUAAUGUUAUGCAGUGUUGCAGUAAGGUUAACUGUUUGUUACUUCAAGUACAUUUGCCAGUGUAACACUCAUACUUAGUGUGUAGUUAAUCUUGUGAUAGUUGGAAAUGUGAUCAGUGCCUUAUAGGCACGUUUAUGUGCUUUUUGGAGUGUGGUGGAUGGUGGCCAAUCAUAGGGGACAAAUCUACUUCAUCUACCUGUCCUGUUACAGUCAACUAUCCCUAAUUCUACCUCCAAUGAACACUUAAAAGUGGUUCAGUUAUCUUGUUUGGUUUAGUUAUGGUUUAAAACGCUGUUCGAAAAUGUGCAGGCUCUCUUUUUGGGGCUUCAGAAUGAUACUUACUUCAAAGUAAGUUUGAAUCAAAAUACAGAGAAGCAGUGAAACUCACCGGUAUGUGGAAUUUCAUGGAUAUAAUGUUUAAAUGUGCAUUUAUAUAUGCUCCUUGCUCUCUACAGAUUCUCAUGCACUCGACAGCGAUCAUGCGCAUGAGAAUUCUGGAGCUGCUGAAACUGAGCUGCGGUCACGUUUGCACUUAAAUGUCACCAUGGCAGCCUGCACCAGGAAACAUGCAGACACACUGUACCAUGUGAUUUGCCACACGCAUUGCCUUUUAGUCAACAAGGCUAGCAAGCAAUAUGGAACUGUACCACGGCCGGUCUGGACACCCGCGCUCAAUCUCUUAUGACCUGUGCUGCUACCUACAGCCGCUACUCCCCGGAGGCGCUGCAAGCCAACCCUCUCCCCGCAAAAAUAUUCGCUCGAGCAUGGCUGGUCACGACGCACGCAGUGCCCGUCAGCUGCACGCUGGUUCGGAUACCGUGCACAGGUUUCUGAACAGCUGCUCCCAGCGUUGAACAAGAACUUGCCAACCGUGUCUCGUGCAGCCCCCGCUAUGAGCAUGGAAAGCCAGAAACUAGUAGAUGAAGCUCAAAACAUUGAGGUUGGCAUGCGGAAGUGAUGGCGCAUAGCAUUAGUGUGCACGGAUGAUCAUUUGUGAUUGCCAGCUGUAACAGUAAAACAAGAUACUUCGAUAAGAAACCAUGGUCAGAAAACAUUUAUUUUCAUCUUAAGGCCAGCACAGUCUCGCAGUACUUGAAAAUGUAUUCUAACAAUAAAAGCAUUUGCCACUUGAAAAUGUUCAAAUGUAUCUGCUCAAUCUGUUCUCGUUGCACGAAACGCACUAAUGAGACAGAUGCUUUUCCCUUUGAAGCUUUGACAACGUUGCAGAUACUUAAACGAACUGAAAGCAGUAACAGGCACUGCUUGUAAAAACUAUAUACGUAGCAUUCCUGUGCGACUCACACUUUCCGAGGCAUGUCGUUUACAGCCUGAAAUGCUUUCGCGCUGGUUUGUAGAUGAAAUCAGAAGGCUUGUCAUUUUGCUCUGUUAGUUUCUUUGUAUAGCUGACAAGAAGAAUUCGGAGAAACUUUAUCGAGAUCAGAUGUGUCAAGCAUUUGGCGUAACUCCUGUCAACACCUUCCGGGCAGCACAGGAGAGGUGACUCCUCCAGAUGCAGCUCAACAAUUCGCAUCAAGGCUUCUAAAGUCUUCGAUCGUGGGAGUUCUUUGACUGCCUUUUCAAAAAAUGUUGAAAUCAUUUCCAGGAGAACAAGGAACUCCGGCUUUGGAUAGUGAAGUUCGACUUUCUCUUGUUCAUGCAGAAGUUUGUACAGAGGACUGCUAGUCUUGUUCGUCAUUGCAAGCAUGACGCAAGCGUCACACCCAAGAUCACUGAUAAGCUUGGCAAUAUAGCCACCUACAUACACCAAGCCAGAGUAAACAAGAGACGGGUGGCAGAGCUGGAGGAUGUGCUCGCAGAGCUUUCAGUUCUUGAACUAUAUCAUGAGAAACAGAGAUAGCCGCUUUUUUUGAUGUCUUCACCUUGUAUGAUGGCUUCAUGCAGUGGCAGUGCUUUUUCCUUUACAAUGUAAUCCAGAGCUGCUGCAACGGCUCUUGCAUCCAGCGUGCCGUUACCUCAGCACAUAAACCGAAGUUUUCCGAAUAUAAUGCCUAAGUAGAAUCACUGCUGAGUUGCCUAGUCAGAAUGUAGUUGACCCCUCUUCUCAGCAGCAAUUGGGCUACCUCCACUGUAGACUUUGUGCUAAAAAGUAGGGCAUUGUGUGUUUCCUCAGUGAAGCUCCCAACACCAUUUGUGAUGGAACAGUCUUGAAUCUUCUUCACUUAGUUGCAAAAUUCAUUUUGCAGCCACAGUAGUCGGUCAUCAUUUUCCCUGAAGAUGGGCAUUUUGAAAUCGCUUCCCUUGUAUGUUGUCAUGAAUUUCAAACGGUUUAUUCAUAACUUUUAUGAAGUUGAUCGUAGAUGUUGCGUCCUUGAAAGCAAAGUGAGCAGAGUUGACUCGCGAGUUCUGCUGGAGGUGUUCCAGCGCCGCAGUGACUUGGGGUGAAAACGCCUGCAGGGCAUGUAGCAUGUUCAUUUUCUCAAUGUUUGAUGGAUGGACAUGUUUUUUUGUCAGAUUUCUGGCCAGCUUUGUUGUCAUUUCCUUGUGGUGCUCGUACAAUUUCUGCACUAAUCUGCCACUGAUGAUGCAAGUGCUGUCUCUGAGCUAGUGUUCCAAAAAUUGACUGUGGACAUUUUUGAAAACAUGGCAAGGAUAGAAGCUUAAAAAAUUACUCUUUCAUCGUCAUGAGGAUGGUUUACCGCAGUUUACAACGGACCACUCCCCAUGAGCUUAAACAUUGUUCUGUAUGCAGAGUGGUUAUUAGUAAUAAUACAAAUCACUACAAAGCCGCAUUCCUCAACUGCAGAGUCGACGUCGUUCGUCCAUGUAUACAAGUCUCUGCCGCGGAGCUGCUUUGUGAAGUAGUAUGAACAAGGGACCGUGUUUGAGCUGGUCAAUUCUUGAAGCACAAAACAUAAGACUCGGUUAGCAAGUAUUUUGUUCUUGUUACAUGGCACACAGGGUGUUACGGUGUUACAUGGGGUUUUCUGGCUUGUCUCUUAUCCCAAAUACUAUGCCAGACUUCCAAUCAUAGAUGCACAUAGGCUUUUUUGGAACUUCAUCGAUUAUUAAUGAAGCCAUGUGCCAUUUGUGGCUAAGAAGGGAAGCCUUGUGGAUCAGCCUCUCCUUCAUGACGCUACUCAUUCCAGAAGUUAAGCUAGGACUGACAAAGCGCUGCAAUGUGUACUUGUGUGGCAGUGUGAGCAGUUCAGUUUGGGCAUGAUCAAAGCCUUUUGCCAAAAGAAAGCGCCAUAUCACUCACUCUGAUUACUUGUUCAGAGUAAGACUGGAAUUUCUUCUGGUAUCCAUCAAUUUGGGGAAGCAGAGACAGCUUAUUUAUCUCCUUUUUCGGCGUCUGCAGCAAUUUUUUGUCAACGAUGAGUAGUGCUUGUCGUCACGAUAUGAAGAGAUCGCCUUUGUCUGGGCUUCUAGUUGCUGCUGUAUUCUGAACACUUGGAGCGCUAAUACACCACCUGUGAACGAAGCUUUGCCGUCACUAAUCGGUUGCGACUUGCCCAUUGCACACUGUACAUGGUUGUUGUUUGCGUACAUAUAAUAGCUUUCUGCUCGGUUUCGUGUUCUGGCAACUCUAAAGCUGCAUUCUCACAAUCUUCUGUGUCUGCCUUUAGUUUUUCUCGCUUUCUAACAAGGAGGAGUGUCUCGGACUUUUGGGGUCCUACGUGCUUUCUUCACACUGGGUGCUAGGCAAGACAGAUAGCCUUCAAAUAUGGUUGGAACCGCACCGGGAACCGGUUUUCUCAAUUUACAAUCACUGUCAUAGUCACUCGCUAAAAAGUGCUUGCUGCAAACUGUAGUUGACUGUGAUUUGUCGUUAAUGACGAGAUUUUUUCGCGAGAUGUUUCUUUGCCAUUUGUCACCCAGUUCCCAAUCAGCUGAAAACUGGUGAAACGAUACACUGGGAGUCUUUCCAGACCGCGACUGACAAAAUGGCACGCAACAAUACACCAUAGCCACAAUCUUGACAUGCCAAGCUUCACAAGUGUGUGAUGCUAGCAUACAUGAAAAGUCAGAUGCAGAAACUUACUGUGAAAUGUGACUUUGUCAACAAGGCAUGCGAAGCAUGUGGCAGGCUUGUAGAUCACUUCACAUGGCAAACCAUUCAUUCACGCAUUUCAACACAGUAAAAAUAAAAUAAAUGACACAGUCCAUGGAAAAAUGUGCUCUCUUGCGCGCCGAUUUGUUUGAAACCCAAGUCCAGCGCCACCACAGCAAGGGUUGGCUCGUGGUGCCCUCUCGCAGAGAUCAUCAGUGCAGCAGCACAGAAAAAUAUGCAUUGCCUCCUCGAAGCCUGCUCUUGCUGUAAGGAGGGAGCAAGUGUGCGUGCCCAGACCGGCUGUGACUGUACUUUAAAAGCUCUUGCAAAGAAAAUUUGCUUACUAAGAUUUCUGACAAGCAGGCAAGCUGUAGGUCCGUGUGAUCAUCACUGCGUACACAAAGCUAUCUAGCUUGUUAAUCUACUUUAAGAGCAGCUGAAACUCGUAUUGCUUGUCAUGUGGUUUCCAUUUUCAUGCUUGUGUAUUGUUCUGGCAAUGGAGACAAUUUCCUGUCUUUUGUUGGGUUUAUUUUUUGCAAAAAGUAAGCAGAAAAUCAUUUGGCUUGAUUCGCCACUUCCCAGAGUGUAUCAAAGAAGAUUGGUUUCUUCAAGUGGAAAGGUGUUUGCAUUAAUGUAAUGCAGGGUUUUUUUUUCCUUGUAAUAGGCGAUUUGCAAAGCCUACAAGUGAGCUUCUCCACACACCUCAUUUGAUCUAACCUAGAUAGUGAACCUGAGGCUAGAAUUGUAAUUAUGGUUUCAUCAUGCUGGCUGGUAACAUCAUUCCUGCUGCCCUUGAUUUUCUGCAUCGUCUAAGCUUAAAAUAUGUAUCUCGACUUUAACAAUACCACUUGCGAGAAUGCAGUCACCUGCGUUAGGGCAACUCAUAUGUGUUGGAAAGCCCGCUUACAUAAUUUUGCAUAGUGCUUCAUAAUGUGGAAUGCUCAAUCGCGAAGCAUCCGCCAGUUUGCAACCGUUGUGAAAAGGUACUCUCUCGGUGUCCAAAGGAGCAGGCUAACAAGUAUACGCAAGAGAGGCCACAGGUCUCCAAGAAAGUAAGAGCAUAACAAAUGGGAGAGGGCAUGAAGGUGCAAUGUGGUGCAGCAACCCAAGCCGCUACAGCAAUUUGCGCACAUAUCUGGCUUCAUAGUUAAGAGCAUCGUAGUUUUACAAAGCACAAUGGGUGAUUGGCAUUGUUGUUCCAGCCUUGUAGCUAAAUGCACACAUGUCAUGCUGUACUCAACAGUUACAUAAUAAUAAGUCCAUGGCUGUUGUCGCAUUGCCCGUGUUCAGUUUGCAAGCAAUUCUAAUAUUUAUUUUGUUAUUUUCCGGGCCAUAAAAGGUCUCAUCUGGCCUCAUAGUUCAGAGCAUCAUGGUCUUACCGAAGCACAAUGGGUGAUGGGCAGUUUUGUAUUCAUCACCCUGCGCUGGGCAGUUAUUGAAUAAGACUAUGGCUGCUGUCAUGUUGCCUCUGUUUAACUGGUGGAGUAUUUGAUGCAAUUUUUUUAUUUUUGUGGCCAUCAAAAGAUCCCUUACAUCAUAUUUCUGGUUGUGUCACGUUUGUACGAAGACUGUACUAGCUGUCCAGAGUGCGCACUGUGUAUUAUUUAUGUUUCCCUCUCAUGGUGCAAUUAUGUAGAUGUUUUAUUACCUCUGCAGGACCUGCAGCUGUGGUGUAUACUCAAACAAAAUAACGUCAUCUUUUUUCUCAGGCUGACGGUUAUCAAAGAAAAUUGGGGAAUGUGUUGCAUAUGGAGGAGCACUUGAAAUUAUGCCUAUGGUGAUCGAACAUUGUGCAUAGAUGGUAUUCAGACUUGGAAGAAACAUUCAGAUGCUGCAAAUAGACUUUUUAAAGUAGUAUUUAAAAAAAUAAGGGAUUGUGCUCAAAGUUUUAUAACUGAGAAAAUAUUUCACCCGUCUAAAAUAUGCUGGCAGACUUCCAGCUGUGCUACAUUAUUGUCUAAGCUGCCACUUCAUCACUUAUGAGUUAAUUUCUGGGGUCAUACAAACAAUAUCGUCAGGAAUUCUUUUAGUGGUUCAAGAGUCAGUAUUUAGAUUCUGUCGUUUUUCCUGUCAUCAUCUAAAGCUGUGUUGUUUCACACAGCUUUAUCAUCACUCAUGGUAUCCUAAAUGAGCUGAAUUGGCAUGCAUUUUCUUGCAUGCUUGAGUUAGUCAGCUUUGAUUUGCUGGCUUAUUGAAAUUAAAUGUGGUUGUCAAGCCUCAGUGCCUAGGAAAUGCUGCUGUAAGAACAAUGUUCAAGCAUGUUAUCCUGUUUGAUGUUUUUAUUUUUUCCUUUCUAUAUCUUGACCAUCCACUGUUAUAGUUCUUGAUACAGCAGGCUAUGUUAGGUUACUCACAUUAUAUUUGUGAAAAUCCAAGCAUAUUUGCUUGGUGUUUUUUGUAUCCGUGGGGCAAGCAAGCCAGGUGCUGUUGAGACCCACUCUAGUAAGAGAUUUUGUAUGUGUGCGAAACCUAGACAUUCAUAUUGCAUGCUUGUGAUCUAGGCUUUUUGCGCAAGUAAAUGGUCCUAUGGCCACAUUAUACUGUUAUGUCUGUGGUAUAGAGUUCACACAUUCAUGUUGUAUUUGUGACUUUUUUACCAUUUCUGCUGGCUUAUAUUUAGCAGAGUGAAUGAAAACAAAGUCAUGAACGCAGUGUCAUAUACUCUGCUGCACAGGGCACCACUAUGACUGGCUAUUGAUGUCCAUUUAAUGAUUACCACAGGACUGAGCUUGGACAUCAUUUGCUUAUGUUGUCCUCAUGACAAACAAGGUGUCGAGGGGCGCAAGGAUAUGAAGGUUGUUUCACCUAGCUUGAAGCAAGCGUAGAAAAGAAAGGGGUACUUUCUUUGUGGUUAUGACUAAUAGUUUUUUGUUCUAUCAGAUUAAGCUACUUGGAAUAUUUUUUUCUCUUUUUUUGGUUGGAGCUUGUUAGCUAUUUAGUUAGAUUAGCUGUGCAAAAUUUUAAAUAUUGAUUUUGUGGUGCAAGGUAUAUUUGACAGCUGUAGAGCAUGUUCAGAAGCACCCUGUGCAGCUGUUUCGAACUUUUACUUGGUUCUUCCUUUUUGGACUUUGAAGACAGCUCAUGAAGUACCAAAAUACCGGAUUCAUAGUGGUCUUUGAAAUCCAUGAAUAAAAAUCUGAAAUUUCUGAGGCUGUAAAUACCCUUAAAUUAUAAUGAACUGCCUAAAAAUAAUUGAAUAUUAUUUUUUGCUAAGCUUAGGAGACCUUUUUUGGGUGCCUGACCACAAAAUUGGUACAAGCUAGUCAAGCCAGUUCAGUUUGGGUCGGAGUUUGUGGUGGGAGAUGUUGAUCCCUAUCCACGUAGCCUUUGUGUUUAUGCAUAGCAAAAGUAAAGUUUGUUUAAUGUUGAUGCCACUGUCUUGUUUUCAACCUUUGAAACAUAGUGUUGCAUGAGUCCUUCAAAAUGCUUUGUUGGCCUUUGGACGUCCUUAAUAAAAACCCACAGUUUUAUUUCACGAAAA